GUCCGAGGUCCGGACGAGUGAGCACCGACCCACGGACAGGAGCGGGAGGAGACGAGUUGAUGGAAGGGCAGUUCCGGUGAACCACCGACCGUAACAGCGGGACCACCGGGCGGCACCGGGCCACGCGCUCCACUCCGAGGAGGAACUAACGGAACCUGUUUUUUUCGUUCCUGCGCGCUGCUCCCUGGGAAGUGGAGCCGAGCAGGUUUGCUGCGCUCUUCCUGUUACUAAACUAAACUACUUUUUUUUCAAACUUUUUUUUAUUAAAGCGCAGCUCGUUGCGUGCUUUCUUGUAUUCAUGGAUACUCAGGCGCACCGGGAUGCGGGAGCGCAGCAGAGUUAUUGGAGGUUUGGGCUUAACGCGAACUGGCCCUGAAACUUGUCGUAAAACUCUGCUUGGCCGGACUGAAUGCUCCUUUCCUGCUAUUCUUCUCCGCUUCUCAGCACUUCCUGCUUGUGGUGGCCACUGCACUUAAUGGCUAAAAAUACAUAAAACUCAAAAUGGACAACCCAACGCUGUGGGAAUCUUAAUCUGGAGUUGCAGCAUCUAAGUACUUCCCAACAAGCUUGGGGCUACUUUAUUUUCGUCUUUAUACUGUUGGUCCUCAUAAUCUCAACUCAACAGGUGGCAGUUUUUGCAUGAGGGACUCCACUGGCCUAUCUGCCCAUGGUGAGGGGAUUCAGAAGCCUCUGAAGUACAGGCCGGUGAAAUGAUAUUGUGCUCAAACCAUGUGUUUGGGAAACCACACACCACAUCACUCGCACAGAGAGAAAUUCAGUGGCGACCAUGCUGCCUUUCUGAGCUUUGAUCCACUGCAAGAAAACAAGAGCGGUCUCUCGGCUGGAUCUGCAUUUCCAAAUGUAGAGGUCUGCGUCUCGCGUGAAGACGAAUGAAAGACACUUGCUGUUCAGCUCUCUCUGAAUCCUGUCCUGCAGCCCACUUGUCGGUCAAGCGUUUGAAUACAUUUCACUGGUCCCUGAUGAACCUACAAGAAAGACAGGAAAGGGAGCGAGGUUCAAUAAAGUACUCCUUUGUACUUUAUUUUCAAACCCUUCGGGUGCAAAAUCGGAUCCAGUCAAAACAUCAGCUUGAGGCUCCAUGGAGCCACUGAAGAACAUAUUAAGCCGUAGCUCACUGACCAACUGGAAAAAUUUGGAUCAAUCACAAAAAGGGAACUUCACCAAUCCUGUGUGGACGGCCUUAUUCGACUAUGAGGCGUCCUGUAAAGAUGAGCUCACCUUGCGUAAAGGUGACUUGGUGGAGGUCCUCUCUCUGGACUCUGAGAUAUCGGGGGACGACGGCUGGUGGGCGGGCAAGGUCAACAACAAGGUGGGCAUCUUCCCGUCUAACUACGGCUCUUUCAAGCCGAGUGGAUACGGGAAACUUCCAGUUAGCGGCAUUGUCAGCGAGCUUGGCCCGGCCGUGGUGGGCGAUUUCGAACCUGAUGUGCUGGAUUUCCGGGAGCUGAGCCUGGAGGAGGUCAUUGGCGUCGGUGGCUUCGGGAAGGUUUAUCGUGGUGUGUGGCGAGGCGGGCUGGUGGCCGUGAAGGCAGCACGCCAGGACCCCGACGAGGACAUCAGCGUGACGGCCCAGAAUGUGAGGCAGGAGGCCCGUCUGUUCGCCAUGCUCACGCACCCGAACAUCAUUGCCCUGAAGGGUGUCUGCCUGGAGGAGCCCAAUCUGUGCCUCAUCAUGGAGUAUGCGUCAGGUGGCCCGCUGAGCCGGGCUCUGUCAGGACGUCGCAUCCCGCCGCACGUCCUGGUCAACUGGGCCGUGCAGAUUGCCAAAGGGAUGUUGUACCUGCACAGCGAGGCCAUUGUCCCCGUCAUCCACCGAGAUCUCAAGUCCAACAACAUUCUCCUGGCUCAGCCCAUAGAGAACGAGUGCAUGGAGGGUCUGACGUUGAAGAUCACCGACUUUGGCCUGGCGAGGGAGUGGCAUAAGACCACCAAGAUGAGCACCGCCGGCACCUACGCCUGGAUGGCCCCGGAGGUCAUCAAGUCCUCCACCUUCUCCAAGGGCAGCGACGUCUGGAGCUACGGUGUUCUGCUGUGGGAGCUGCUAACAGGAGAGUCACCGUACAAAGGGAUUGACGGACUCGCUGUCGCCUACGGAGUCGCCGUCAACAAGCUGACGCUGCCCAUCCCUUCCACGUGCCCCGAACCCUUUGCUCAGCUCAUGUCAGAGUGCUGGGACCAGGACCCCCACCGGAGACCCAACUUCAGCUCCAUCCUGGCCCAGCUGACGGCGCUGGAGCAGCAGGUGAAGGAAGAGAUGCCUCAGGACUCCUUCCACUCCCUGCAGGAGGACUGGAAACUGGAGAUCAAGGACAUGUUCGAUGAACUCCGGGCUAAAGAGAAGGAGCUGCGGUGCCGCGAGGAGGAGCUGAAGCGAGCGGCUCUGGAGCAGAAGUCCCAUGAAGAGUUCCUGCGGCAGCGCGAGCAGCAGCUGGCCCAGUGGGAGCAGGACGUGUUCGAGCGCGAACUCAGCCUCCUCAUCCACCACCUGAACCAGAACCAGGAGAAGCCCAACGUCAAGAAGAGGAAAGGCACCUUCAAGAAGCACAAGCUCAAGAGCAAGAACGGCGAGAAGAUCAGCAUGCCCCAAGACUUCAUCCAUAAGAUUACGGUGCAAGCAUCCCCCGGCCUGGAGAAGAGGCGGAACUCUCCUGAUCUGGGUUCAGGCUCCUCGCCCUCCUUCGGCCCACGUUUCCGUGCGAUCCAACUCAGUCCCAGUGACAACAGCAGGUCGUUCGGGCUGAGCCCAGCCUGGCCUCUGGAGCCGUCCACUCUCAAACAAUCCAAUGGAGACAUGAGGCUGUGCACCCACUGGAGGCCCCAGAGCCCGAAAAGUCCCAAAAGCCCCAAAAUGCUGCGCCUCAGUCCACAGGAAAGCAGUCUUUCGAUGAGAGCCAAGCUCCUGGGGUCAGACAGCAAUGAGAACGGAGAGUCCAAGGACGACUUUGAGGAGUACAGACCCUGCACCCCCACCCCACCCACUGCACAGAACGGCUCCUCAGUGAAGAACAGCCUGCGGCUUCCUCUACCUCAGGGAGACUCGGGCAGCGAGGAAGGUGGCUCCUCCCCAGCUGGCUCCCCCAGGCCUGAGAGGGGUUCCCACAGUGGCCUGAUUAAGGGCACGCACCAGGCCCUGCUCGGGGGUGCCUCCCUCCUGGCCUCAGUAGGGUUGGGUCGCUGCCUUGAUAUGCCCCCAAGGGUGCCCCCUCGAACUAACCCCCCAUCCCAAGAGGAACGCACCACCUACGAACUGGAGAUCUCCUCCCCUAAGCCCCUCAUUUCAGACCCCCCAGUAGUGGACGAUCUCAUCUCAUUGUCCACCUCUGAGCCGCUCCCCAGACCACUCUUGGAUUUAGCUCUGCAGUACCAAGAACUCAAGCCCUUGCCCCUGACUCCACCCCCGCCAAACCGGCGUGAGAGGUGUGGCCACAGGACGCCGCACAGUCCGCAGAGCCCCAGGACCCCCCCGCGGCACCACAAGAGCAGCCCAACCGAAUGGAACCUGAGUUCCAAUUCUUCCAACGGGGAGACCAGCUGCGAGGCCUGGGAGCACAAAGCUGACCGGAGGAGGAGGUCCAGCCAAGGCCUGCACACCUCCCAGCUAGUUUUGGACCUUCCCUUCUGCCAAGACACACAGGACACCGAGGAUAAACCUUCUGUGCCCUAUUCUCUCCAUCCCAACCCUGCCCUCUGGAGCCCCAAAACCCGCCGCCUGGAGGUCAGCGUCAUCCCCCGGCCCCGCCCGUCACCCAUCCGCCCCCGCAUCGACCCCUGGAGCUUCAUCUCAACUGUGGGCCGCAGUCCUAUCCGCUCGGACAGCAACCCCCUGGGCUAUCAGCCUUCCCCUACAAACCCGUUCACCAACUGUGACCCGUUCCCAACACCGGACUGUGAUCCAUUUGCCCUCAAAGCUGACCCCUUGGGCGACUCGGACACAGCUUCACCAUUCGACCCCUUCUCAACUCCCUUUCACACGUCCCGCUCCGCCCCGUGCUCCACCAACGGCUCGCCCACGUUGCCCUCAUUCCGCAUAGUCCCCCUCAACCCAGCCGACUCGCCCCUGAUUGACCUGGGCUGGGCGGCCUGCAGCAAGCCCCUGGAUGGCACCAAAGAGAGGGCUCACCCCCGCCGGACAAUGGGGCUCAAGCCCUUCAAGUCCCCUACCCAGCACAGAGAUGACCGGUUCUAAACAAGGCCUCGUCUGUUGGCUUGUGACCACCUCUCCCUUCUGAGUGUUGAAAAGUGCAGUUUUAUCACAGGAACACAGCCCAGGACUGUUUCCACUACUUUGUCCUACAUCUUAAAGGAAAGGUAAACCAAUAGCUGGUGCCCGUUUCAUUCUCCCUCUCUAUCUCUGUUUCUCUAUCCCUUUGAAGGAGCAGACCACAGAUCACUAGUUCCAUCUUCAGAUCCUAUCAGACCGCUCAUAUCACCUGCUUUCAUCACCCCCUACCUUUGAAGCAUUGUGACAAUGCAGAGGUGGAUAAGGCGACUUGCACGGCUUCAUCUGUCUCUACCUCUCUGCAGACUGAAAGCAUUCAGGACAAUGAAAAAUUGGAGUGCCUUAUUUCAUGAAGUGUUCUUAAUAUAUAUCUUUUCAAGGUUCCUUGAAUGGAUAAUCUGGUGUGUAGGGAAGAUGCUUUGAAUUUGGUUUAAAUUUGGAAAUCAGCUUAGCGUUGCUGUGGAAGAAAAUGUCGUCUCCAUGUGUGUGCGCAUGUACGUCUAGACUCAUUGUUCAAGGAAAGCUUACUGUUGUUUUUUUUUUAAACAGUCUGCCCUGUUGCAUUAUGGGAGAAAGCACUCAGAGUGGAUAUUCUAGGCUGCUCAUGAAAUCCAAGACAAAACCAUGACCCAGGCAAUCCACUUUGAAGCAGAUAACAUUCCAGUAACAUUCCUCUGGAAAUGCCAGGGAUUGGACAGAUUCAUUUGGCUGGCAGGCGACAGAGCCCAGGAAACAAGACAGGGGAGCCCUCUGCAUUCCCUCCGUAUGCCAAAGAAUGCCACUGUGACAGUGUAAGAGCUGGGCCAAAGAGUGUCUGCAAAUAAGUUGUUUCUGCCUCCGCAGAGUGCCAGACGGGUGGGUUCGCCACACUGGAUGAUACAGAGAGACAAUAGUAUUUAAACCUAACUUUAAUAUACUUUUCUGUAGUUGAUUGACUUGUAUGACACUAUCCUGACUGUCUUAUCACCACCCGUCUGAUGCUUUAGGAAGGUUCAAACUAAAAUAACUAUUAGAAGAUACUACAGUACAUCAAUAUGGACACUUCCUUCACUAAUCUCCACAGUGGCCUCACAAAGCCAGCCUAUAAUGUCACAGUGCACCACUAACUUGGUCGUCAUUGGUCCUUUUAUUCAGUUCUUGAACUAGAAGAUCUAGAUCUGAAAUGUUACAUUUCUUUGUCGUGGAUCCAUCAAAAUUUGUAUCCGAGAAGGUAGGAGCUGGAAGAUUUGAAAUUCAUGUUUUUUUUUACCCCUGUAUGUUAGAUUUCAUUACAGUCGCUGCAGCCAAGAAUAGAAAUAUAUACGGACCACGACAAAAACAAUAAAAAUAAAUCAAAAAUAUAGAUCAGAGAAUAAAAUAAAAGGUUUUUAGAAAAUAUAUGCAUUAUAACACUAUAUAUUAAAAUACAAAUUUGAUAGGAGAGAUGCAAAACCUGAUUCCAAAAGAUUUGUUUGACAUUGUUGACACCACUCUCUUAUCUGUCUAUUCAAUGUAUUCAACAUCAACUCCAACUUGCUACCGCUGGACAGAGCCAUGCUAGCUGCUUCCCCUUGUUUUUAGUCUUCAUGCUUAGUUACGCUAAGAUAAUCAUCUCCUGAUGUGAGCAACAUAUUUAGCUUACACACAUGAGAGAGGUAUUAUUACCAUUUAACUCUGUGCAACAAUUUGACAAUGUAAAACAAGUCCUUUGGUAACACGCGUCAAACAUCAGAUAGUUCAGGGACGUUGUGAGUUGUAGGCUGGCUUUGCACAACUUGAGCUUAGGCGUUAUUGAACUCUACUCACAGAUCUAGGGUCAGAAAAGAAAUCCAUCCUAAACUAUUAUGUCAGUAAUGAAAACAUCUGGUAGGAACCUUUAGAUUACUGUGAUAUGUUCUCAGCACAGAUGCAGCAGAGACGUUUGAGCAUUUUAAUACAGUGAGGAAUUUGUUGCAGAGACACUGAAACAAUAUUUUUUUUUUGCAUCAGUAGCCUCAACAGAGGAGACUGCACCAGAGCAACCACGGACAAACGGCCUCAUUCCACUCUUGGCUCACAAUCAUUAUUGUCAGCGGUUGUUGUACACACCUAAUGUAACAUGUUCAGACAGUUUUCUCAAAAGGCAUUCUGGGAAAUGCAUGAGGUGUGGCAGUUCACAACAUCUCAGACUUGUGAUGCAUAACCGGAGUGAGCCGGGUUCCCAAGCAUCUAGUCCCUUAACCUAAUUGACGUAGGUCAGGCAUGUGAGCAACUGGAAGAGACCCACUUACACGAGGCCCAAACUAGUCAUGUAACCCAUGUUUUCACUGGAGCAUUACAGGGUAGAAAUACUGAUUGGGUUCAUCACUGACACCGUGUCAUGGGAAGACAAUAACCGCUUUGUUCCGAUGAAGAGGGAAAGACCUCGUCUCCGAAGGGGGAAAGCUUUGAGAUUAGCCUAAUAAUCCUGCUGACGAAUGGAGGAGGUUGAUAGCGAUAAUUAGCCUCUUGAUAAGAGCAGGGAGAAUUAACAAUGCGUUUGGAUAUCUUCUUAAUUAAUUUCCCCCAACGUUACGUUAAUGCCACGCAUCCUCCUCACAAGGUAUUGUAGCCGCUUGCUGCAUCGGAUUCCAUCUCGGUAGAAGUCGCGCACUUUUAAUGCAUAAAGUUUGUGUCUGUGGACACUCACCUUUUUCUGUGCCCUUCCCCCUCAGGUGAUGUGGUAGAUAGCUGUACUCCUUUUUUCUUCUUGCUCCCUUUCCUUUGCUUGCUUGCUCUGUGGAAGCUUUUUCUGGCGGGCACACUGCAGAGCGUUCAAUUCAGUAACAGCCAGGUUUCUGUCCGUGAAAAAAAACAGGAAGAAAUGGCACUCGUUCAAGGACAAUCCAUUUACUGGGGAGAUGCUGGGAGGGAAUCAGAUUUGUUUUGGAUGGAAAGGGGAGCUUUAUUUUAUAUUUCUUUUGCACAUUUACCUAUCUGUUCUAUCUACUACUGGACAUCCAAAGUAAUACUCACUGGUAAGAGCAGGUAGAUUGUACAGUGAAGAGUCCAGCCACUUCAAAUGGUCAAAGUUCUGUAUGGCUGCACUUGAGGGGGUGAAAGGCCUGCUGUUGUUGAGAGGGGGGAGAUGUCAUUAAUUUGUGAAAAAAAUGGAAAUAAUGGUGCACACUCCUCUUGAAAGCAUUUGUGGUGCUGCAAUUGGUUGUACAAAUUGAAAACUGAUGGAAGGAGGAUAAAAAAAUCCAUUGGCAUUAAAAAUCCCUUUUAAUGUCAAGGGUUACACAGUUAGUUUGAGAGAGCUCAUAAGCGGCCUACUAACCCACCUCCACACACACCUGGCAUCUGCUCUGUAAAAUGGACCGGAGGUGUUGGAGUGUCUGUUUCGGAAAGACAAAAUAAUUGUACAAAUUCUUCUCAUGACAUAGGAAAGGAUGCAAUUUGAAGCAAAGAGUAGAAUACAAAGUUUAUAUCAUAUUAAUGUUGAGAACAUGGAAGAAAAAGCAGCAGCUCCUCCAUCCUAGUUGCUUCUUCCGGACAGAUAGAGCUUGUAGGAUCACCCACAUUCCCCAUUUUGCUGUUGUUUCAUAUCGACCUCUGGUCCCGUUUCUCCUGCCAUCAACAGGACAUGAGCUGUGUGGAUCUUCUUCAAAGUCGGGCAAACGUUGAAGGUUUGAUUUAGCUGCUGUGUCCCUCAGCGCUGUUCCCUACCCGUCCUCUGCUCUCGUCCGCGCCGCCAUUUUAUAGACAUGACAGGGAUGAGUUAUUGACGCGUCUCUGUGUCAACACACAAAGUCACAAGAGCCAUCCUCUGAUAAUCAUUAGGCUCGGAAGGCUGUUAUUGUCAACAGAGCUCUGUGAGUAAAAAAAAAGGCUACACAAAGGAAAUUGAGAUGAUUGAAACGUCUGGCUGAUUAUUUCUGUCACAAAUGCAGCGUGUGUCAAGUAUCCACUUCAAGCCGCCAAUCAUGUCUGGUCUGGAUGUUCUCUCAGUGCUCACUUUAAUUCUCCCCCAGAGCUUAUAUUGAAAAAGCAUUACCUGCCGUUUUCUAUCAAGGGCGCGCAUUUUGAGUCCGGCUACAUAAAAUAUUACUUGUAAUAACAGCAGUCACCAUGGAUCUCACAAAUAACUUAUGCGUCAGAGUUGGGGAAAUUAUUUUAUUUCUGGAAAUCAUUCCUCGGAAGUGUUUCAUUUGAAGUGGUGCGAAACCUCACCUGCUGCCAAAUGACCUGUUCAUGCUAAUAUGUUGAAAUGCUUAAGAAUUUGAAAUUUUUUUGGUAGGACGUGACCGGGACACAUAUAUGACAGGAACGAGCAAUUCUUAGUUUUGGCUGUCAGAUUUAUGAGCCAUGGCUGCCACCCAUCUGCCGCAGCUGACAACCAGCACUCCCAUAAGAAAGUCCUGAUGGGUUGUUUGCGGCUCUCUGCUCUUGGAGGCUUUGCCCGAUCCGUCAUUGGAAAUCAGCGUCUCUACAACAAGCAGCCGGGGAGAAUGGAAGUGCAUUCUCUGCAGGAGGGAGUGAUAUCUGGCCACCAGCUCCACAGGGCGGCAGGGAGCAGACAUGAUUUGAUGAUCUUAAUUCAAAGCUCAGACCGUUGCCUCAAUCAGCGAAUGGCAAAUUGCCAAUACAUUGCAUGAAUAAAAGCUAAUGAGACGGCACAGUGGUGCAACCCAAGUCCGUGACCCUCAUCACGCCAAGAGGCACCAACUAGUGGCAGUUGUGUUUCGGAGCCAUUAUCAAGAAUGGGGAAAGAAAAUCAUAUUGCAAGCCACUUAUUUGUUGGCUUAGUAAAAGCGAGUGAAAAGUGUUGCCAAUUGUCAACAGCAGAUAUACGUUUACAUAGAUUCAACCAUAUACUUUUUGUUUAAUAGUAGCAGCAUCCACUUGUUAAACCUGCUGUAGACUCUAUUAUUAUUUUUUUGUCAAAAUUCCAGUAAAACCCUAUUUGUUUUACACACGGACAUCACAUUGAAGUGCUAAUCUAGUUCCUGCUGGUGCUAAUCACAUAAAGCUUUAUAUUUUUAAACCCCGAAUUACUUUUUUGCCCAACACUUUUAUUUGUUGAUGUUUUAAAUCAUAUUUUGACUUGUCUGAUAACCUGUUCCUGCACUUUGCCAGUUUUGGUGCUCCAUAGUCAUCAUUCGUGCUGUUUUUCGGUAAAUCAGGACAUAUGGUAUAAAAUAUAGUUAUGGCUUAAGACACUUUAACAUAUUCAACACAAUGCAGAUACUGUGAUUUAAUUCUAGUUUAUAAAUGUAUCAAUAUGACCCAAUCAGUGCGUUUGUCACAGUAACAACAUGGUGGCGGGUGAUGCUGGCAGAAGUUAAUACUUUUCUCUGAUUACAUUGAGCAGGGACAUGUUCUACUGCUGCUGUAUCAUUACAGUUAACAGCCAACAGCAAAGCGAGCAUCACAGUGUUGUGUAAACCCAUCAGUUAUAACACAGAGAAGAUCUUGUACUGAGAAGGACUGAAUCUAGUUUCUGCACAGCCUUCUCUGUAAACAUGCCAAGCUCCGGGGUAGAUUUGUGAACCUUUAAAAAACGGAAUCUCAAAGAUUCGUUACAACUCCUGCACUGAACUAUUCUGAUUAUUGAAAGUAACAAAGAAAGACCUGCACGUAAACGUCCCCAUUUCUGGUGUCGACUUCAGCGAAGCCGGAGAGUCGAGUCAGAAGGACACUGUAUUUCUCAAAUUGCUUCAGCUCUAGUUAAAGCAUGUUUUCUGUGUGUGGCUAUGGAGAAAAAUUGUAGAACAGCAAGAAGUUUGGGAAAACUCAGGCUGAAUAUUGAUGAUAAUUUUUUUAUUGAUGAAGUCUCACCUUGGCGGCUCACUGAAGAGUAAAUUCUGAAGCACCUAACUAGAUGCCCUAGCAUUUCACUGGCUCUCACCCGAUUGCACCUCUGCUUGCUAUUGUUCAAUUAAGUAGAUGUUACAAAUGUACCUGGUUAUCAGGCUCAUUUCAGCUGUCUCACAGGCAGCCGUCUGUGCCAGGGUCUCAUUAUUGCUCUUUCUGGCUCGUAUGAAACUAAAGCACCUGUCCGGGCCUUUGUUUGGCAUUAACAGGCUGAGACCAAAUUAUCAAAUAUGACCUUUCUUUAGCUGUACAGGAAUGCAUAUCCCAAGAGGGACGUGGACAAAAGCCAUGUCUGCAACGGGCCCCGCAAAGUGCAAAAGCUAAUGCUCGGUCUUUCAAAGAGUGAAUAUUAUUUCUAAUUUGCUUCUGUCUGUGCAUCCAAGGUCACCAUCUGCUGUCCUCUUUUUCUGUAUCAUCGAAAACUAAACGAAUCGGAGCCAUGAAAGGAUGACCAAUUUGUUUCCAAGACCACAGUGACAGGCUCUUGGCGCUCUGUUCACAAAAUAAACAUGGAUUUUAGCUUUGAGAUUAAGUCCGAGGCCCACACACUCAACCCCCCUUCUCUCAACAGCAUGCAGCAGCCCCAUGGUCGAGAUUAUUGUUCUGCGAAGCUAGUGACACUCAAUUACUUCAUGAUCUUUCUGCAGAGAACCUGUUCACUCUCGAAAUGUCUGCUCCUAGUGCUGAAUGAGUGCGCUGAGUAAACAACCCUUGUGCAGACUGAUUUAUAUUUCCGUGUGCUUGACAUUGUUCACAGAUAAAAGCAAAUGAUUAGUUACUACAUUUGCAUUUUAUCUUAAUCAUGUGGAAUCGUUCUACAAAUCAGGUGCCCAAGCUAGUUCUACAACGCCUCUGGUUCCACACAACACUAGGAACUAAAAUGUGCCCUUCAACCCUGGGUAUAUAAUUUGAAAUUAACAUAAAUUUAAAGCUAAGGUUGGUGAUACUGGAAAAGCUAGUAAGAGCUGGCUACACUUCGAAAUAAUGCAAUUGAUACAUCUCUUCCCCUCCCAUCGACCCUCUAGCCAAGGCUAUGCCCCUGAAACACAUGCUGAAAAAUUGCUAGAAGCCGACUUGUCCAUGACUCCCUCACCAGCUUCUGGCAAUCGCACCAGCAGGGUUCGUGGAGGCAGGCUGAUAUUUUGGUCGGUUGAAGUGAUGUCUAUUACAUUCCUUUCUUUCUUUACAACACUGUCUGAGAAACAUUUUACAAAGACCUUACAUCUGUACAUCAGUCGGCUGCCUUUCACUCACCUCCAAUUAUUUUUCCCGCCUUAAAAUGCUAAGCAGUCAGCCCUCUUCAAAAUUGUCCCAUGAUGUGCUUUAUGAAUACUUGAUUAACUGGAAAGAUUUUUUUUCUGUUCUGAAAUGCUGGUGUGAAAAAACGUGUUAUUGUGAAGUUGUUGUGGAAAGAAUGCUGAACGUCCGACCUCAGCGUAAAAAGCAGUUAUAGCUUGAGUAAAUCAACCAAAAAUCAGUAGUAACAAAAUUCCAAUGUCCACAUUGGGUUUUUAUGCCUUUGCCUAUUUACACUUAAUUUAAUGCCUACGAAAUGAAAUUGACUUAAGUGUCCGCGCUGUGUCUAAUAAACACUCAGUCCUAAGAUUACAGCCGACACUUAACCCGAUUAAUGUCUUUUAAGGCACAGAUAUAAUUCAAGGUAAAGUAUUUGACAGCAGCUCAAGGGUUUUUAACAGUAGGUGGUCUCUUUCAGGUGCUCAUGCUGGGGCUUAACUAGCUGAACUCUAAAUGAUCCAUAAUAGAAAUUUUAAAUGGUUUGGAUGGUACAAAUCCCCAUGACUCACCGGUCACAUCUCUUCCACUCACAGCAUCACAUUACUGUAAAAGGCUUUUCCUUCUGACAGCUUCCUACCAGCAAGCUAGGGGCAUAUACAACAUUUAUAAAUGGGGGGAAAGUGGAUAUUUAUAAAUGGCUAUCUUUUUACACACUGGAUUUAAAAAUAUGUUUCUGUAUAGAUGGCUAUGGACGCAGUCUACAUUAGGAUGAUGGAUGAUUGCUUCAUAUGAUCAAAACAUUUUUUAUAGGUUUUCACUGGAGUAUUUAAGUUGCGUGUAUGGGUGCUUCACAUGAGGCAGAUUAACUUUACAUUCCAGUUCUCUGAAUUCGACCAAAUCUGUAUCAAAACGAUUCCUCUACAAACCAGAGUAUUUUUGUGUAGCAGAAAAUUCAAGAGAAUUGCCUGGUAGAGCUUGAAAUCAGUUUUUUUUUGUGUACAUAAUUGCAAAAUCCCAAACCUAAAUUGUGGUCAAAUGUCCCCUUUGGGCACCCAUACUGAAUUUUUAUGUGCAUAAAACUGCUUGAGGGAGAUGAGGAUUUUGUCACCACCUUCAAGUGGUGGACAAGGUCGACCUCUCCAUCUUUGUAUCUAUUUGCUUUUAAUUAUAAUUGUUCCAGAUUCAUUUCCAUGUCUUUUCUAUGUGUGUGUGUUUUAUUACAGCCUAGGCGAUGUGAUAACGCAAUUGUUGCAUUGCCCUGGCAGCCAUUUUUACAUCUCUCUCAGAACUGUCUCUGCUCUUUUUGAGUUAGAGUUUUAGUGGUCAUCAGGCUUUGAAAACUUCGUUAUUGUUGCAUUUUUGUGAAAUCUCGCACUGGGCUGGGCCUAAUCAACUGUUUUUAUUGUUGUGUGUCAAGAGGAUUAUUUCUGUAUACAGUAUGUGAAAAUGUUUUUAUUUCUCUUGGCUAUUAUAAUGGGUUUUAACCUGUGGAAAAAAAAAACUAAGGAAAAAGCUCAAAAAGAGAUGAGACCAAAUAAAAUGUAACACUCCA